AAUAAUAACCCAAACCCUAACCCCAAUUCAAUAGAAUCAGAAUCCGAUCAAAACCAGCAUCAUCGGCCUCUUUGUUCAUACGUUCCGGUGAGUCAAAUUGACCGUUAGAGAGAGAGAGAUGACUAGUGCUGGAGAAAAAAGAGGAAGGGAUGAUGUGGAUGAUAAACUGAAUAACACGGUGGGAGUAACUUCUUCUGAAGAAGAUGACGACGACGAUUGCGAUUCAGAACCAGCUUUUAUGCGUCUCUUUAGUAAGCAACUCACUGAGGCUGAACUUUCUGAGUAUUAUAGACGGUCCUUCAGCAGCAAUGGAUUCGAUGUUCCGGAGUUUGGAUGUGCAUUACCUGGCGGAAUUAGACCCAUUAAGUUGGGUAAAAGAUAUGAUGAACUCGUUAGCGAUUUUGCUAAGCAAGCCUUACAAGUCUACAAUAACCAAAAUAAUGCGAAGUUUGAGUUUGAUCAUCUUGUCAAGGCUAAUUGCCAAGCUGUUGCCGGCAUUAUGUAUUACAUUACUUUUACUGCACGCUCUGGGGAUAAUGCGCUUCAAACCUUUUGCGGCAAAGUAUGGCAAAAAGUAAUGAAAAAGGGAACAGAAGUUAAGUUUUGUGUGAUGGCAACUGAUUAAGCAAGGAAGCUGGUACAUAUCAGGUGUAAGUCGCGGGGACGAGUCUAGGACCCUGUUCUAGUUGUGUUUGAUGGGUCCUUCCUUCAGGAAGGAAAACUCUCUAAUACUUAUGAAAGAGUCUAAGUCCCUGUUCUAGUUGUGUUUUAUGGUUUGCUCCUUCAAGAAGGAAAAAACUCGGAUGCUAUUAUAUAAUGUUAAUACUGAUGAAAUAGAGUCUAGGUUGGACCCUUUAUAAACCUGUUUAGAGCUCUAAUUAUACAUAGGUUUUCAAAUCCACGACAGUUUUAGCUGAUAAAUUUUAUUGUGAUCAGCAGAACUGCUUAGCAGCCUCUACAUUCUUUUGCAUUCAACUAUACAUUAUUCCUUUGCAUAUGAAGUUUUCUUCACUUUGAAUUC